CAUUAUAAAGUUCAUUUCAGAAUCAAAUAUCCACCAACUUCGCCAAUCCCAACGUUCCUUCUUCCCUAACCAUGUCCUUUUGGCCCAAUAAUCCUUCUCCCCAAAUGGGUCCUCAGGGUGUCGUUUCCAUGGAUCUGGAGGAGGUUGCAGUGGAAGUACAGAGAGAGGUGACUCGGAGGAUGGAUGAGUCAGCAAGGGCUGAUUUCGUUGCAUAUGUGGACAAGGUGAGGGAGCGCACCAUGCUUAUCACAAUGAAACGGGACUUGCUAGCCCAGGAAGCGUCCAAGGCUAAAUUUGCGGACGAGUUCAUGGUUUUCCUCGGAGCGAUUGACAGCGGAGAUCUCGAGACUCUCCAGCGUUUCGACGAGAAAGAUAUGAAAAAUACUAUUUUGACAAUGAUGGACGGUGACCCCGGCGAUGAGGGAGUACUUGAAUGCUUUUACGGAGACGAGGUUUCCAAAAUCGGAUUGGGACCGCUGGGUUUUGAAGAAAAAGUUGCCACGGAUGUAAUCGUAGCCAGUAGUGGCGGCGAGAAAGGAGGAUUUGCCGGCGGCGAAUACGAGCGCGUGGGAGCCAUGGUUGAUGCUGUUGAGAAACCAAACGGUGACGGCGAUGAUGCCAGAAGCGCCGGUGAGCAGGGUGGCAGCUGCUGCAAGAAGAGUGAUGGGUUCUAAUAAUUAGCAAUUGCAUUUAUACGCAAAAGCUACACGGUGUGUUUAGAAUUCCCAGGUUGCUUUCAUCGUUGAUGAAUGUUUACGGUUUAUGGUUUGUAAUAAUUGGUUUAUAAUCUAUGAGUCGUUGCUGGAACAAUGUGUUUAUGUUUGCAGCACGGUGGUUACAGAGCUUUCGUGCUAGUUUUUAUUAAAUGGAAAAGAUAUUUUAGAAUAAAUAUUGAGAUUUGAAUCCA